AUGUCCCCAGUCACGCUCAAAACCCUCGCAGCGCUCCGCAUGCUCAUCGGGGCGUCGUGCCUGCUCGUCCCACGCCCGGCUGGCAUGCUCUUCGGCCUCCCCCUGGCGCCGGGCCCGGAGGGCGUGCUGCUGGGCCGCAUGACGGGCGUCCGGGAUCUCGUGCUCGGCGCGUACCUGUGGAAGCGAGUCCGGGGGUGGGAGGACGUUGCCGGCAAAAGGGGAGAUGUCGGGACAGGGAGCAAGGCGCCGUUGCUCUCCAGCAACAGCAACAACAACAAUAAGGACCCGACUGGUUCUUACACCACUGCCACGAGUGCCGUCACCACCACUGGUGGCGACGACCCCGCCAACAAGAUGGCGAGUCUUCAACUAGCGGAGCGAGACUCGGCGCUGCGCUCAGCCGUGUGGCUCGGUCUGGUGGUCGACGCGAUCGACGCCGGCAGCGUGGUAGUCGGGUGUCUCCCGGGCGUCGGCGGCGGCGACCCGCUGUCCGAUCUGGCCAAGGUAACUGUGGGCGGCGGCGCGUGGUCUUUGCCUUAA